UCUCCCAUCAGGCUUUGCGGCAUGAAUACUGCCUGUGAAAGUUCAGGAGUCAUGUUUACACAGAAAGCCGAAUCCAGUGAAAAAAUCCACAAGAAAAAUAACCUAACCCUUCAUUAAUAAACUAAGCUAAUUAAUGAAGAGUUAAUUCCACAGUAAGCAUGGGCCAACAAAUUCAUGAUGUGAUGAAGCUGUGUUGUGAGCUAUCUGCCAAUCAGCAGAUCAAGUCCACAGUAAAAGGUUCUGGGAAAGGAGCAGCAGCUGCAGGUGGACUUGCCUUCGCUGGAGGCUUAAUUGGGGGUCCUCUCGGUAUUGCUGUGGGUGGUGCAGUGGGUGGUCUCCUGGGCUGCUGGCUGACCAGUGGGCAGUUUAGGCCACUUCCUCAGAUCAUAAUGGAGCUCAGCCCUCAGCAGCAGCAGAAGCUGCAUGAUGAUCUCAUGGUCAUCCUGGGAGACAUUCAGUGGACUGACCUGGCUCAGUUAACGGCUCUGGUGAUGGGUAACUCCAUGCUGAAGCAGCAGGUUACAGCGGCUCUUAUCGGGUACAUUACUAAGGAGCUCCAGGCUGAGGUGCACUACGUGGAUUAGUGUCAGUCCGAGAACUGAAUGGUCUGACCCAAACACUUACAGGCUCAGAGGAAUGGCACCUUUGAAGAAAAAUAUGAACUGUUGCUUAGAGGAUGGAGAACCUGCAGUUAAUGCAUUGUAAAAACACAGCAUUGCCAACACAAUCCGUAUUGACAUCAGUAACUUACAGGGUAGCACUUUGUUUAAAAAAAAAAACCAGAGCUGUAUGUUUAGGAUAAAUGAUAAAAAACACUGUUCUGACUUGAAGACAUUUUUUUAUGCCUUUGUCUGCACUGAUAAAGAGACCAGCCUGGUUUUGAAUGCCAUGGGGAAUUUAAGGCCUGACUGAAGGGGUAAAGAAAAUCAUCUCAUCUCGCUUCCACAUUGUGCAGUUUACUGUGAACUUUACACAGAAGUUUACAGAUUAAAUGAGCCAAACUCCUGUUGUAUACACUGACACAUAUACCUAAUCUAUAUGCUUUGUAGUGUGAAUUUGUACAUUUUGCUGUAUUACAAUAAAACUAAAAAGGUAGACAUUA